AUGACCCAACACGAAGCCUUCCUGUUGCUCACCCUCCCAUCCGCAACCAUCCACACGACCACCGGGCCCGCGAUCACCGGCACACUCGAUGUCGAAUGCAUAACGCUCACCGGCCACCCCACGCCCCCCAACGGGAGGGAGGUGUUCCUUGUCCUGCGCCUUGAGGGGUUCGAGCUGCCCCUGGACCCCACGCGGGUCGUUUCUCUCGCCCGGAACAGCAACGACGACAGGGUGUACACCUUCCAUCCUUGCGAGAGUGAUCGUUGGUCGGUCGUCCUCACCUUCCUGGUUCCUGGCGAGAAGGAUGGGUCGGCCGCGCAGGACUGGGACACGUUCGACGGCAUACUACAGCAAUACGCUGACUUCCGGCUCGAAUCUACCCACGAACACACACCCGAACCCGCAACUGCAGGGCCCUCCUCGCUCCCCUAUGCACCCUACGCCCCUCGCCUCGCCCGCCACGCCUCAGGCGCGUACGAGGUCGUCAACCCCGAUGGCAAAGAAGCACCCGACUACCGCGGGCGACUCGUGCUCGUCGACGAGUCGAGCGGUCAGGUUCUCGGCGCCGUUGGAGACAGGCAGCCGACACACGCCGACCCCACGCUUGCAGAGCACGAGGACGUAGUGAUCGACGUGAGCGGGGGGACACCCGCAGCAGGAGCAGAUGGCACCCGGGAAAUCGAACUCGACCCGCGCGAGAUAUUCGUGCGGCGGAUCCCGCCUGGGGAGGAGAACUACAUUACGAAGGGCGCCUCGUUCAUCAGCUACGGCAUUUCGGGCGCGGCAUCGCUCAUCACGCACGGCAUGUCCGCCGCUUCGAACUAUUACGUCUCCAAAGCGACACCGCACCCGUCCGCGUCGCCGCACCUCUCUCCGGCAGGCACGCCGCCCCCUCCCCCUCCACGCGCGAUUACACUCCUCACCUCCGACCGCGCCAAGCGCGGGAUGGGCGUCGCGCACAGCGCAACCGGACGUGCGGUGCAGGUCUCGGGCCGCACCGUCCGCGCCGUCGAAGGGUUCGUCAAGCGCGCCGUGCAAAAGUCGAUGGGCGGGUCGCACGUAGAAGAGCUCGGCGGGACGCCGGCGCCCAGCACGCACGCAAACCAUCUGGUCGCGCCCGCGUUCGGGCGGGGUGCAGCGGGGCCGUACCUGUCUGAGUCGCCCCGUGGCUCGGACGUGACGCUGCCCAGCUAUCAGGACGCCACGAGUGGGCAGAAGCCGCCCCCGCUGCCCCCGCGGUCGGGUGCGUCGACGUCUGGCGGGGACAGUAAGCCACCGCUGCCGCCGAGGACUCCGCCUCCGCCCGGCGCGAAGGACGGCGCCCAAGGGCCGUCUGACCAGCCGCAGCUGACGCCGGGACAGAAGUUGAAGAAUAAGGCGCGGCUUGUCGCCUCCGUCGAGCUCAUCCUUUCCACCCUCGACCAGUCCACGAAGAAGAUCCUCGACGUCGGCUCCGACAGCCUCUCCGCCGCCGUCGGGCACAAGUACGGCGAGAAGGCGGGCGAGAGCGCGCGGCUGAUGACGGGUACGAUGCGCAACGUGGGGCUGGUGUACGUUGACCUGCGCGGGCUCGGGCACCGUGCGCUGCUCAAGACGGCCGGGGUGGAGGUCGUGAAAACGCGGUUGAGGGACGGGCGCGAGGUGCGGUUGAGGACCGAGGGCGGUGGCGGGCAGGAGGGAAGGGUCGUCAAAGCGGUGGAGGUGGACGGCGAGAAACGAUGAGACACUCUCGAGGCGGGACAACGAAUGGACUGGAAUCGUGUUCUGCCUCACUUGCAUCCAUGGAUUAUACAAUGUACUUCUUACGACUCGAUACUGCAUAUGCUGGCCCGUGGGUACAUAUAAUUCGGG